UUCCCUCCGAAGUCACCAUCGCGAAGUAGAAACCUUGCCUGCCUCCAAAGCUCACCUUCGCCACGCACCCUUUCACACACACACCCAGAUUCAGAAUGAGUGAACCAGAGGGAGGAGAGGAGGAAGACAGAGAUGAGAGCGCGAGCGAGAGACCAGAGAGUGAGAGGGGGUCACCGCCGCAAUGCCGCUGCAGCUGCUGCCAUCGCCGUCGUGGAGGAGGGAGUCCGGAGGAGAGAGAGAGAAAGACGAUUCGCAGACGAGAUGGAGAGAGAGGACGAAGACGCGACGCGAGAGAGGAGGUUGUUCCGCCGUGCACUGUCGUCGCUCCUGGGGUCAAUUGAAGCCGCCGCCGCUGCUAGGGCUUGCCGUGCUCCUGUCCUCACUUUCGGCUUCUACGAUUACUUCCUGCGUUUCAUCGGUGCCGUUUUCGACGCCAAGGGUGCGGAUGCAAUUCUCUCUUUUGAAAAGUUCUGCUGCAAUCUCCCCAGACCUCUUCUUCAGGUUCCGAUUUCUAUUUGGAUUAGUUUUCUCAAUUCGAUUUUGAUCCAUCUGCUAAUUAAUUGGGUUGAUUAAUACCAGAUCAUAUAC